UGGAAUAAAUAGGGAGAGAGGGGGAGGCGGUCCGAAGACGGAUCUUCAGGACAUGGUCGAGCAGUUUCAAGGUCGAAGAGAUUACAAGAGAGUUGCAGUGGGAGAGAGAUUCCCGGAGUAAAACUUUUCGAAUGAAGAGGGCUGGUGCUGAGAAGUGAGAAACCAAUCAGAAAGCAGACAUCGCAGGUGACGAAUUCCCCAAUUCUCCCUUUGCUUAUAAAACCCAUCCACCUGUCACCGAGCUUGGCAUUCAGACUGCUGUGCACGGACCUCACCUACUCUCCGCUGUUCGGUGACAGGGAACAGCAUGACCGAGAUUCACAAAGUGUUGCGGGAGCAGUUUCUCUGGGCACCGGUCAAGGUCCAGGAGCCCAAGUUCCCUGUUUCUGCAAAACCUGCUUCUCCACAGGCAAAGCCCCUCGACAGUACCCACCUGGAGGUACAGAAACCCGAGCCCCCGGUCCCCAGCAGCUCCUGCCAGCUCCUGCAAUUCCGUCUGAGGGGCUGUAACGGGCAGAAUGCCCUCAUGAGUGCUCGCUCCGACAGCACCGUCAUGGAAUUGAAGGAGAAGAUUUCCCUUAGCAUUGGGGUUCCCCCGAAGAAGCAGAUCCUGUACGUGAACAACCAGACCCUGCAGGAUGGCAAGGUGCUGCGGGAUUUUAACCUCCGAGGGCUCACUGACCUGCUGGUGGUACACAAGGUGUUGGGAGGGUAACGUUCCUCCUACCCUCCCACACAGAAUUCCGGGAUGUCUCCUGUUCCCGGGAAAUGAUCGGUCUGUGUUUGCUGAUCUCCCAGCAUCGGUCUGAGAGCGGGGUGCAAUCACCCAGACUGUGCCAUCUCUCCCUCCCUCUCUCUCUGUCUCACGGUCUCUGUUCAAUGUCCAAUAAAGACAAUUGGCGUUUACCA